UCCGACAUGAACAAAACAGUGAUCAGAUUCAGGCACUGUGGGAAGGAUAUUUACAGAUUCUCAGAGCCAAAUGUCUCAUGUAGUUUAUUAGAUGAACAGAGAGAAGGUUAUAACGAUAGUAAUGUGUGUCCUGUAUGCUGUAACCCUCUUCACCUGGGACUUUUGGACGCACCUGUAGCCCUUCCCUGUCCCUUCAGUGACGGACACAGAGCUCCGUGUGCGUUUCUCAUAGGAGCGAACAGUGGAGUCUGGACUAUAGGAGAAUGGAGCGACACUGAGUUACAUGUUGGCUUGUCCGACUCAAAAGGCUUGGUGUAUAACUACACACUGGCAGGGGUACAGAAGGACGAGCGUGGAUGGGAACAGUGUGUGUGCAUCAGUCUGGUUCCACCACUGAGACACGACCUUACAGAAUUAUGGGAUAAAGAACUGAAAACCUUCUCAUCUCUGCCAGCUUGGACACGAGAGAGAUUUGACGAGGAAAGAGAGUCUGGAUCGUGCUGCUAUGGAUUUGCACUAACGUUCAUAAAUCACAUGAGAUCGCUGGACAAUAAACCAUCUCUGAGCAGAAACCAGUUCACCGGUCAGCAUAUCUUACCCCGAAUGAACCAGGCCUCCAUGUACAUCAGGGUGUACGAGAAAAUCUCACAAAAUGGAUUUUACGUUGUUGAGAAAUAAGUGCUAAA